AAACUAUUAAGUAAUGUUUUAGUGAUAUCUUUGUUUAAGUUAGUAUCUUAAAACUUAAUCAUCUAACUUCAUCGAGUCUUUUAUUAAUCGAGUACUAGUGUUGUAAAUUUGUUCCCUAUUAUUUCGAAAAAUGAGAUCAAGUGGGCAAGCUCGAAUCCAUCUAUACCAUAAAAAAUGUAGAAUUUAUUAGUAAUAUGUAUGGUGCGUCUAUUUUUCGUCCAUGUACAUGAGAAAAAAGGGGUUGUUUUAUUGUUGGAGGACCUUUCUUCUCUUGCUCCGGCGGCAUCAUAAAUAAAGCCCAAAAGAGACGCUCAGUUGCUUUUCCGUGGAAAAACUAUAAAAAUCCAUGCGGCUCUCCCUUGUCGUCCCACGACUCCAAGAAGAACACAACAAUUUCCUCCAAAAAGCUCACCAGAUCCCCCACAGCCACUCGACCUUCCCUUCCCUCACGGCCAAACCACACCCACAACCACCGCUUUUUGUAUUCUUAUCUUCCCUCUAUAUAUCUCUUCGCUCCAUUCUUCCCCUCCUUCCAUCUCUCUUCAUACCCACAUAACGCAAAAAAGAAAAAAAUAACCCUCUCCAUCUUGAAUCCAUCUCUCAAACCCGUCCCGCAGCAACCCUUUUCCCCCCUAGUUCUCAAAAUCGAAGACAGAUUUUGAUUAGCUCUGUUCUGGGUUCUUUUUUCCCCCUAGUGCAUGUGAUUCAGGGGAAGCUUGAUUGGAAAUGGAAAGUGGGUUGCCAAAGGGUGUGGAUUUGAUUUGAUUUUUGGUGGUUCUAGGUUAUUGUUUUUUUUUUAAAUUUGUUUCCUUUCUCCGGUAGGAAGAAGGAAAGCCGGAGGGAUUUUCAGGGGAUAAUUCCAGGGUAGACAAGUUGUAGACAUCACGGCUAUUGACGGCGUUACUCGGUCUCUAGCUCAUGUCCGUUGUCGCAAGGUGGAUAUAGUGAUUCAGAGCAACCCUUCUGCGCACGGCGGCCGUGGAGCUUUGCCUUCUGAAGGCGGGAGCCCUUCAGAUCUCCUCUUCCUUGCCGGCGGUGGUUCCCUCUUCCCUUCGUUUUCUUUUUCCUUUUUAGUAUAGGAUUUAGGAUAUUUAUAAGUUUGGAAACGAAAAAAAAGUAGAAAUAGAAUAUAUAGGAUUCAAACAUAUUGUUUGAGAUCCUUUGUGGGUCGUGGAUAAUUUGUGAACAUUCCUGAGAGACAAGUUAAUAAAAAAGGAGCUGAAAAGAUGAUGCUCAGAAUCAAGAGGGUUCCUACCGUUGUGUCGAACUACCAAAAGGAUGAGGGCGAAGACGCUGCCCGCCGCAGUGGAGGUUGCGGCCGCAAUUGCCUUCAAAAGUGUUGCAUUCCAGACGCAAAGCAUCCUCUGUAUACUUUCAAGAGGGUGCAGGAGAUUCCCGGUGACAAGUGUGUUCUUGAGCAUGACAAUAACCAGGCUCCUGUUGCAUUCUUGGAUUCCCUCCUUCUUGGAAAAUGGGAGGUCCGCAUGCAGCGAGGACUGUUUCUCUAUGAUGUCACUGCAUGUGAAACCAAGGUUAUCCCUGGUCGGUAUGGCUUCAUGGCCCAGCUGAAUGAAGGUCGUCAUCUGAAGAAGAGGCCAACUGAGUUCCGCGUUGACAAGGUUCUUCAGCCAUUUGAUGGGAACAAGUUCAACUUCACUAAAGUUGGACAAGAGGAAGUGCUCUUCCAGUUUGAUGCAAGCGAAGACGGUGAAGUUCAGUUCAUCCCAGAUGCUCCAGUUGAUGCUGACACCUCUCCUAGCGUGGUUGCAAUUAAUGUUAGCCCUAUCGAGUAUGGCCAUGUGCUGUUGAUUCCGCGCAUCUUGGAGUGCUUGCCACAGAGGAUUGAUCGUGAGAGCUUUUUGCUUGCACUUUACAUGGCAAUCGAAGCUGGAAACCCAUACUUCCGCUUGGGUUACAACAGCCUUGGUGCAUUUGCUACCAACAAUCAUCUUCACUUUCAGGCAUACUAUUUGGCUGUGUCAUUCCCAAUUGAGAAGUCUCCUACCAGGAAGGUGACAACAUUAGGUGAUGGAGUGAAGAUCUCUGAGCUCUUUGAUUAUCCAGUCAGGGGCCUCAUCUUGGAAGGCGGAAACACUCUGCAAGACUAGGUCCUCACCGGGGUACAAGAGUAUAUAGAAUAUGAAAAUGAAUCACUCACUCUCGACUAGUGGGAUCAGGACAAUUUGAUGCGAAAAAAUGCGCAUGCUAUUUCUCUCAAUUCCUAACAUCUCUUCACCAUGAUGACAGCCUCUAAAUGCUAGAGUUCACAUAUGGGGUGUCACCACUAACUAAUCAGGAGGUCUUAGACACAGGUUCAAAUGACUGGCUAGGGUCUUGGACAUGGGGAAAAUGCCUUUUAGGUGGUGGAAGCAUUCAUAGCACAAGGUUCCACAUUUCCAAACCCAAACAAUCACAGUCAAACAAACCGAUAUUUCCUUUAUGCUAUUCUGCAUUACUCAAUAGCUCAAGAGCAAAAGAGCGAAGGAGGUAAAAAUGUCAGCAUUUCCAAGCCAGACUGCUAAGAAACACUACUUACCGGG